GUAUGGGCUAAAUAUUGAACUUCUCGGCCCAAAAUGAAGCUAUAUGAACCCCCGCCAGCCUUUUCUUCCCAUAUUCGAAAAUUCUCAACUUCCUCUCCUCUCUCUCUCUCGCACGCGCGCACAUUCGUCUCCAUCUUUCUCCGUGUUCUUGUUCUUGUCCAGCAUCAUCAGAAACCUUCUUCAUUGUUGUAUGUAAGCUUGGAAAUUUAAAGCUUCGCCGGAAUUAUCCGUUCUAUACUUUAUGUACUUUCGUCGGUGAUUCCACUCUGAUUCAAGAAUCUGAGGUUCGUGUUUCGUCCUUUUCCGUUAUUUUCUUGGGAAAAUCUUGACUGCCAGAAAGUAGGUUUCCUCUGACCGUGUACUUUUUUUCGCAGAAAUGAAGCGGAUAAGAGAUGAUUUACAUGCCUCUGGGACUCCAUUCGAAUGUCUUUUGGAUUAUGCUCGAGGAGAAUCAUCUCAGAUCCCUACUGGUGGAGGAGGAGGAAGUGGCUCUCGGAGGUUGACAGCGAUUGAUGCUUUAAGAUACCUGAAUGAAGUGAAGGAGGUGCUUCUGGAUCAGGGGGAGAAAUAUGAUAUGUUCAUUGAGGUUAUGAAAGACUUUAAACAUGGAAGGGCGGACACAGCUGGUGUGGUUGCACGGGUGAAGGAGUUGUUCAAGGGACAUAGCAAUUUGAUCCGUGGCUUUAACACCUUUUUGCCUGAGGGAUAUAAAAUAGCACUCGAUGAAGAUGAAGCUCCGUUAGAUUGUUGAAUUUGAAGAAGCCGUAACCUUUGUGAAUAAAAUCAAUGUUGGAAUUCUAUUAUGAUCUGUCAUUACUCCAAUAUAUUCAAUCCAACACGAUGAGCUUUUCUAUAAAUCCUUCUUGGAUAUCUUGGACACGUAUGGGAAGGAGAACGAGGAUACCAACGAGGUAUACACUACAGUGAGGUAUUUAGAUCAUGAUUUGCACUAUCUGGAGGGAGAGGAACUCUAGAAUCCAUUCUCCCUAUUGUGUCUUUGGUUCUCUGAUCCGUGACGGCUUUGGAUGCUGUCUGGAUUAGGUUCUGAUAUUUCUUACUCUUACCCAAGGAAGGUCGAGGAGAAAGGGCGGUUACUUGCUCGUCUUUUAGCUUCACUUCCCUUGUUAGCUUGUGUAUAUGCCUUCGUAUGUAAUGGUUAAGUUCAAACGUUAGGUGUGCUUAAAGAAUUGGUGGUUGUAAAUAUAGAGGAGAGAGGAUGCCUCGUUCUUUGUAUAUAGAUCGGCCAACAAAAGUAAGUCCUUUUCCUUAUAGAUGUUGGUCCAUAUCCUCUCAUGAUU